GUCUUCCACACAUAUCAACAACCAUGAGCGACUCAAAAGUCAUCAUCCUCACCGGAGCAGUAAGUCCGAUCACAAUUCCCCUAAAAUCCACAAUUGCUACAUCGCACCCCUUAUAAGCGCACACAAUUCUCCUUGGUCGCGUUUGUAUCUUCGUUGAAUACUCCAACUCAGCCCAUGCUCAUGAUUUGAUAUGUGUAGUACUGACGCAAAAUGACAUAGAGCCGUGGAAUCGGUCUAGCUAUCGCUCAAUUCCUACUCAAAGCAUCGCACAAGCUUGUCCUUGUCGCACGAACGGCGGAACCUCUUGAGAAGCUGAAGAAGGAAUUUCCGGGUCAAGUUGAGGUUCUUGUUGCUGACUUGGCGGAUUUUUCGGUAUGUUUCUUCCGAUUUAUAUUGAGAAUCUGCUCUAUGUAUGUAGAUCGCGUGGGGUUAUGAUUUUAUGUAAAGAGUUGUCAUACGGGUGCCAUUUGUGAUGGUCAUUUUUUGAUGUCGUUUUUUCGUCCUCCUUCUUUUCGCUUCUCUUGUCUCUUUUUUUAAUUGAGAUGAAUACUGUACUAUACAGCGUGUCUGCUCUUGGGAACAUAUCGAAUCCGAACCUUUAGCUGUCAAAAGUUCCCCAACAUUGCACAUUUACUCCCAUCACAAAUUCGCAAACACCAUUUCCUUACCAACAGACAUCUCAUUCAUCUCGACUCCUUCAACCUCACGGUUUCUUCCAUCAAAAGAUUAACACCCACCCCACAGAACGGCCAAAAAGCAGUCGAUCUCUGCCUCAAAUCCUUCACCAAACUCGACUCCCUAAUCCUCAACCACGGAACCCUAAGUCCCGUAGCAAGAAUAGCAGACAGCACACCCGAAGAAUGGAGAUCAUUAUAUGACACCAAUUUCUUCAGUGCCCUCUCAUUCGUAUAUCCACCCUCCCCUUGCCAAAUUCUCAAAGCACUCGAUAAGUACUAAUAUGGUCAUGUUAAUAAGAUCACAGCAGCAAUCCCAUCAUUACGCGAAACGAAAGGUCGAAUAAUAACCACCUCUUCCGGCGCAGCAGUAAAUGCGUACUCAACAUGGGGUGCUUACGGAUCUUCAAAAGCGGCUUUACAUCAUUUAGUCAUGACGUUGAAGAAUGAGGAGCCGGAUAUUGUGUCGAUUUCUGUGAGACCUGGGGUUGUUGAUACUGGUAAGUUCGCUCCAUCUCUUCCACAGAUCACUUCCAAAUGCAAUGCCCUCUUCCCUUCCUAGUCUACUUCAACUCUCCCACCCAUCCCAUUCCCUACAAUCAAUCUUUCCACCCUUACACCUAUUCCCAUCAACCUACCCGCCCAACCCCCAACCCCCAAUCCACAAAUCAAACACACUCUAAACCAUAAACGUACGAAACUUAAAAAUCCCCCACCAAUCCUAGACAUGCAAAAAGAAGUCCGCUCCCACGCCCAAACCAUGGAUCCCAACGACGUCUCCAAAUUCAAAAGCCUCUACGAAUCCGGGAAGCUCUUGAGACCCGAGCAGCCAGGGAAUGUGAUUGCGAAGUUGGCUAUUGGGGCUGGGAAGGAACUGGGUGGGUUGUUGUUGAGGUUAGUUCCUUUCCGUUUUUUCUCUUUUUGGAGAUGAAAGGGUUUGAGGUUUUGAGAUUUGAAGGAAGCGGGGCUUGGAGAUGGUAUGUGAUUUUGGGAUGAUACUGAUGCUGAUGAUAUGUAGUUGGAAUGAUAAGGAGCUUUCUGAGUUCCAGGAUUGAUUGGCAGUGGGGGGAAGUGUGAUGAGGGAUAGGGGGUA